AUGAGGACGCCGUUGAUCUCCUUUCUGCCGGCCCUGCUGCUUCUACAGACAUGCGCAGCCGGGCCGACCCAAGCUCCCUUGGGCGAAACCUCGUCCACAGAUGUCGUGGGAAAUAACGAGAAGCAAGAGUUCUUGUUUACGGAGCCGGAACCAGAGCCAAGGCCAGUUAGUCAGCGAGUUCAAAAUGCUUGGAAGAUACUUCGAGCAGCAAAACCGGCCGUUCUCAGCGUCGACAAGCCCAACGGAAUCGUUGGGUACACACUACAUUACGGUCGCGAGGCCUUUCGGUUACUGUUCUUGAACGGACCAGCCCCUGAUAAAGCUGAAAGGAAGCUCAGCCCAUUGGUCGCACAGGCGGUUGAAGAGCUCAAGGCGGCAGCGGAUGAAGAUGGAGACUCGGAUGCUAUGUUCCUUCUCGCGGAAAUGAACUUUUAUGGCAACUUCACGCACCCGCGCAAUUUCAGCGCGGCAUUCCAGUGGUACAAUGACUUAGCCUGGUUGACAGGAAACAGCACAGCACAGUCUAUGGUCGGAUUCAUGUACGCGACGGGUAUCGGUGAUGCUGUCGAACGCGAUCAGGCGAAAGCGUUGAUGUACCACGAAUUCGCUGCGGAGGGAGGAAACACCCGAUCGGAGAUGACGCUUGCAUAUCGAGGGUCGCUGACAAGGCAAUUGAAUAUUAUCGGUCUGGUCCACCUGGCGGUCAUGCCAUGGUCAGGGGAGUCUUACCGCUGGGCGGAUGAGGAGGGUGGUGUUUAUGGAGAAGGUGCUAGCGUAUCGAGCUCUGGGCACAAUGCACGGGAUCCUAGUCACGCCGCUACCGAGGCCAGCGUUGAAGAUGUCCUUGAGUACCUUGACCUCAUGUCUCGCAAAGGCGAACUCAAGGCCACGUUCACUCUAGGCAAGAUGAACUACGACGGAGCGCAUGGAUUGCCUCGAAGCUUCAAGAAAGCCAUGAAGUAUUUUAGAGCGGUGACCAAGCGUUACUGGAACGCGGAUGGCUCGUUCGUCCCAAAUCCUUCCCCGGGGCUUGACAAGUUGGCCGCCAAAGCAGCAGGACAUAUUGGAUUGAUGUUCCUGCGCGGAGAGGGCGUUGAACAGAACUUGGGACACGCCUUAACUUGGUUCCGGCGGGGUGUGAAGAAUGGGGAUGCUCUUUGCCAGCAUGAGAUGGGACUGAUGUACCUCCACGGAUAUGGAGUGCCUCAGGAUGCCUACAAAGCGGCUUCAUAUUUCAAGACUGCAGCAGAGCAAGAUAUCCCGGGCGCCGAGACUCGACUUGGCGCGCUUUUUCUGGACCAAGGAGACGUUGCGGCCGCAUCUCGAUAUUUCGAGCUCGCGGCGCGUUGGGGAUGGAUGGAGGCGUACUACUACCUCGCGGAGAUGGCCAACUUUGGUGUCGGCAGACAGCCACACUGUGGUGUUGCUGUGGCCUAUUAUAAGAUGGUUGCUGAGAAGGCAGAAGUAGUUCAUUCAGCCUUCACCGAGGCGAACGAGGCAUACGAAAAUGGCGACAAGGAGCGUGCUCUCAUCCCGACCAUGAUGGCUGCUGAGCAGGGGUACGAGCAUGCACAAGCCAACGUGGCAUAUCUUCUCGACGAACAACGCUCAUUGUUCUCCCUGAGCCGCAUCUUGCCCUGGGUCAAGAAGACUCGGACGAAGCUGCUACGCAAUACGGCCUUGGCUCUGAUCUAUUGGACUAGGUCAGCUAAGCAGUCCAACAUUGACUCUUUGAUUAAGAUGGGCGACUACUACUUGCGAGGAACCGGCACACUGGUUGAUGCUGAGAAGGCCUCAACCUGUUAUCACAAUGCGGCCGAAGCGCAUCACAGUGCACAGGCAUACUGGAACCUAGGUUGGAUGCAUGAGAACGGUGUUGCCGUGGCACAAGAUUUCCACAUGGCGAAACGAUACUAUGAUCUUGCUCUGGUAACUAAUCGUGAGGCGUACCUGCCCGUGAAACUCAGCCUUCUGAAGCUGCGGGCCCGGGGAUACUGGAACCGCAUAACCAACGGAGAUAUCAAUCCCAUCCGCGAUGAAGAUACGAGACCUCGCCGUACCUUCAAAGAAUGGAUUACGGCUUUCAUUGAAAAUGACGCUGCCGAUUAUUACAACGAGCUCUACGAAGCUCGCGAAGACGAUGAGGACUUCAUGGGCUCGGUCCAGACAGAUCAAGGUGACGGAUAUUAUGACGACCUGGAUCUUGAUAUUGACGAUAGCGUCCUCGAGGGCCUUCUUAUCGUCGGGCUGGCCGCGACGCUUCUCGUGCUCGUAUACAUCCGCCAGCAACAGCAGCGGAACCGGCAGAACGCGAACGCGGCCAACCAGGGUGGUGAUGCCAAUGGCAACGCAAACGCUAAUGCAAAUGCGAACAACAAUGAUCGUGGCUUCUUCCCUCAGCCUGGCGACCCGGAAUUCGCGCAGUGGGUGGCAGGUGGAGUGGGCCAUUGA